AUGGGGUAUGAUGAAGAGGAUAUAUGUCUAGUCUCUUUAUCUGCAAUAGACGCAUUCAAAAUGUACAAAAGAUACUCACAGAUAAAGGGUUGGAAAUAUGCAGGAGUUGAUAUUACUGAAUUUGAUUUGAAAGAUUACAAGGAAGCUAGUGUUGAAACGAAUUCAAAAUUCAAUCCUUAUCCACCUCUCUUUUCUUAUCUCUCUUCCUUUCCUUCUCCAUCAAAUCGCCACUUAUUAGAACUUCAAAACCCAUUUUUCACUUUCAAGAAAUCCUCACUUUCACUAAACCCACCAGGGAAUCCAUUCAAGAUCAGAAUGAGUGAAGAAACUAUGAGUAAACAAAAAGAAUGCGAAGAUGCCAUUAAAGAUUUGUUGCGCAAAGUAAUGGUAGCCCUCAUCUUCCAGGGAAAUUUGGCGUUUGAUAAGGAUAAUGAAGAUUAUGCACAGAUGGCAUUUGAAGAAUUGAUCGAGAUGACCAAUGAGAGACCUGAUUUGUUGUUGCCCCAUGUUAAUGAGAUUUUUCAAUGUAUUUAUCAAGUCUUGGACAAACCUGAAUUUGAAGAGAAAACAAGGUUUCUUGCUGAGGAACUUAUGGAGCUACUUUUAUUGCAUUACAGACAUGCGGGGCAAGUGGUUAUCCAAACUGGGAAGUUUCUUGGUAGAAUAUUUUCUAUGCUUACGGCCGUUGAUGAUGACCCUGAGAAAUAUGCUCAGGGAGUAAAAAGAUUGGCUCGAUAUGCACCUGUUAUGGGUGGCCAAUAUAUUCUGGAGAAAUUUAGUAUGAUGUUUGAAUGGCACUACUUUUCUCAGGAAUGGCAAUGCCGCCAUGCUGCUGUUAUAUCCCACUCCAUUAUUGCAAAUAAUUGCCGGGAAUCAAUAGAUAAGUUUGAUAUCUUGGUAGAGCAACCUAUAAAAGCUGUUGACGAUACCCAUUUUCGAGUGCGUUGGGCAGCUAUAGGUGCAAUUGAGGAGUUUUCCUGUUAUUUGAACCCUGAAUUUCAGCUCCAGUAUUAUCAAAAAGUGCUGCCUGCUUUGAUAAAAGCUUUGAAUUUUUCCUCGCAUCCCUGCAUUCAGGUUCAAGCUGCUAGCUCGCUGUUUUACUUUAUUCAGCAUUGCACUUCAGAUCUAUUGAAACCUUACACGGAUGAAAUUAUCCAUAAACUGCUUAGCUGUCUGCAGAGAGGGAAGCAACUACUGAAAGAGGAGGCUUUAACAGCAAUAGCAUCACUUGCUUCAUCAUCAGAGUUUUUGCAGGAUUGUUUUCAACCGCAUUACAAAACUGUUAUGCCUUAUGUGAAAGUUGCAAUGAUGAAAGCAUCUGCUGAAUCUGACCACAUCCUUCUUCUUAAAUCUAUAGAGUGCAUGACUAUGGUUGGAGUGGCAGCUGGAAAGGAGAAGUUCUGUGAUGAUAUUCAAAUGGUUGUGCAAUUGCUUAUCUCCUUGCAAGAAUCUAAACUAGAGAUUGAAGAUCCAAUGAGAAAUCAAGUGUUACUAGCAUGGGGUAGACUCUGUAAAUGCUUGGGCCCAGACUUUCAACCUUACCUGGGUGUUGUUAUUCCUCAUGUGCUUCAGUCUGCUAAACUUGGGUCACAUGUCACUUCACUCAAACAUUCUGAAAGUGAAAACUCAUUUCAAAGUAUUAUGCCCUUGAGUCUUGGAGAUGAAAGCACUGAAAGAAAACAACUGGUCCUUGAGGAGAUUGCCAAAGCUUGUAAAGUGCUAUGUCUUUGUGCUACUGAGUUGAAAGAAGGCUUUGAUUUAUGGAUUGAUGAGGUUGCUCACACAUUGGUCCCGCUUUUAAAUUUUGAUCUCUAUGAAGAAGUUAGAGAGGUUUCCAUCUUAGCCUUGCCAGAAUUAUUGAAAUCUUUUAAAGCAGCAAUGGAAAAAGGGUAUGUUGAAAGAUAUCAGGAAUUGCCUUUCGAGGAGUUGUGUUCUUUCAUUGUAACAGCUUUAGUGGAAGCUCUUCAUAAGGAGCCAUUAAUGGAAAUUCAAAUAAUAACUUUAGAGGCAAUAGAAGAGUGCAUGGAGAUAUCUGGACCUACGCUCAACACAGAACAGAUCAAGCGUUUCUUGCAUAUAACAAUGAAGAUUCUUAUAACCAGUUCUAACCUUUCAAGAAACAGAGUGGAAAAUAAGGAACUGGAAAUUUUUCAUAACAAGGCUAGUGAUUGCUUUAUCACUUUCACUAAAGCAUAUAAGGAUUCCUUGUCACAAUUCUUUGAUCAGCUCUUAUCAUCCAUGGCAUAUAUGUGGGAGAAUGACAAAAGUUUAGAAGAGAGAAGAACUGCAUUGCGUAUUUUCAGUGAUGUUGCUCAGAAAUGCCAAGAAGAAGCAUUGAAUUAUUGUAAGGGUAGACUUCAAUUCCUAUUUGAUGCCUGCUAUGAGAGGAAACCAGAAGUUUUACAGAUAGUUGCACAGGGUAUUGGUGUUAGUGCAGAGUUCGGUGGAUCAAUUUUCAAAUCUCACAUGAAAGAGGCUCUUGGUGGCCUAAAUUCUAUCAUGCUGCGUCCAGAGACACUACGUCCAGAUUACUUAGCAGCCCAUGAUGCGGCUGUUUCAGCUCUUGGAAAAAUAUUCCUUUGCCAUCAUGAGGAACUAAAUGAAGUCAAGGUUUUUGGUAUUUGGUUAAGUCAUUUGCCAAUAUUCAAUGAUCUAGAUCAGGCCAGAGUUGUCCAUGAUCAGCUUUGUUCAAUGAUUGAAAAGUUCAGUGAAUUAAUUGUUCAUAAAGAUAGUACUCAUCUAUCCAAAAUAUUUGCAGUCUUUGCAGAGAUAUUACGGGCUGGUCAAAAUUUGGCCUCAAAGGAAACUGUCAACCGAAUAAUUGAACAGUUAAAGCACUUACAGAGCAAUUUACCACCCGACACAUGGGCAUCUAUUAUCUCCUCCUUGGUACCCUCUCGAGCAAAAGUUUUGCAACGUAAGUUGUCAACUUAGUCUGUUCUUUCCAGUCUUUAUGACGUUGAUCAUCUUCUGAAUCUUCUUGUCUGAACAAUUAACCCAUUGGAUUUCUAUAAAACACUGAAUUCAGUGUACAUCUUUUAGUUUAGGAUUUUUUGUGAAGCAGGACACAAAAUUGAGAUUCUGCAGUUUGCUUCAGUUUCAUUAGGAUCUGUACAUGGUCAGGGUUAUACUAUACAGGAUACGUCCUAUAUAGAAAACAAUAAACAUACAGAAAAAGAAAAAAAAAAAUGAAGAUCGGCCAUUUUUUA